GUUUUACAUUCAUUAGACAAAAAUUUCCUUUGAACUCACUGACAUUCCCUAGACUUUACAGUCAUAACUGAUUUCCCAGUCGAAUUUCCUAAAUAUAACUUGGAGAAAUAAAAUUUGUACAGUUCCGAAACGAUGAACAACCGGUUCGCCCAUUUUAAUCAGGAGGCGCUCUAUGGAAUACCGCUGAUGUGUCCAGUGACCAAGUGCCAGUCGCAGAUGUCGCCACUCGAGAUGCUGGCCCAUCUGAUGAUGGGGCACGAUCCGCAGGACUCGAUGAUCGAGAUCGGUGAAGACGUGCCGCAGCAGUACGAAGUGGAGCUGGUUAAAUUGACACCGGGUCGGAAUCAUGCAAUGGGAGUCAUAGCCUAUGGCGGAUCUCCGAAGACGGGUCUCAGUUUUGCGGUUACUCCGGAUCUGCAGAUUGUCCACCAUUUGCCCAUUAUACUGAUGCUUUAUGUGAGUCCUCCUGUUCUGAACGAGGAACAGGCCUACAUAUUCUACCUGGUGAGUCCAGUGGCCUCCCAGCUGGUGAGUGCCCAUGUAACACUCCUCGACGGGUCCCAUGCCCACGAGAAGAAGGGAUUGCGUUGCCUCCGCAAUUCUCUGGACAGUCCAUUGAAGGAUAGCGAGGAUCGGCUGUAUUGCAACACGGACUAUCUCCUCUACACGGCCACCGACAUCCGGGAGCUGUGCCUAUCCGGAAAGCAGCGGAGGAUCUACGUCAAGAUCGUGCUACACGGUGAACCCGACCCCUUCGAAGUGGAUGCCUACCAAAAGGUGUCCUAUUGAGUGACUCAUUUGGUUCAAUAAACACUUAAGUGCUGCGCCGCCAAUUGACGCACACUUGAAAUUCGA